CCGCUUUGAGAAGCCUCCCAGCUGUGAGUGGGACAUUCGAGCCAUCCAGCAGGAGUCUGCUGAUAAGCCUGAUAUUGCUUGCUGGACCCGAUGCCGAUGAUAAGAAAGCUCCCCCGCCGGCGGCACGGUAUGAUUUUUGAAAAGUUUUCCCGCCCGCAUGCUUCGAGAAGCACGUCGUUGAGAUAUACCUUCAGCGAUCGAAAAGACAUCCGGAAAGCACGUUGGAGCUGAGCGGCUAUUCGAAGCAUUUUGGUGCGAGCACCGAUUGAUAGUCAAGAUGGGUGAUAGUUACUCUUUAGAUGUGACUUUUACAUGGACGGGUACGCCUACGGGUAUGGCUGGCAUCUCAACGAACGGCCCGGAGGCUGUGGAUUUUUCAUGUUACCCCGUCAAUACAUAUCAGGACUUUACCUUCUCCUUCAGUCAGUUGGGUGACGGCUGUCCUUACGAAUAUACAUACGACUCGGUUUACUCGACAUGCGACUAUACUGCGGAUGUGUACAAUAGUCAAACAUGGGACUGUACGUGGACAGUGCCGGUUAUAUCGACGACAAUAGUAGAUGGCGGACCGACGACAGCUCUUACAGGAGUUCCGGCAACGAUCACGGCCCCCCUUCAAUGGGUAACAGUAACGUCCACUCAACAAAUUACAAGCACAUCGACAAGCGUUGUGGACCCUGGCGCGAAGACGGUCACUGUGACUGCCUCCCAAGCGGCUGCGAAAUUAAGAAGGGUCGAAAGUCCGACAUAUGAAGGCGUUACUGGCGGGGAAAAGAUACUUGGGGUGCUGAAAUUAGAGAAGCAGCUCGAUGGGCCGGCAAGCGAUUUAGCCCUUUCCUCCUUUAAUCUGGCGAAAGGAAGAAACAGCACAGAUUCUUGGUUGGAAGAUCGGGAUUCGUGUCUUUCGGAUGAGAUAUUCUGCGGAGUUGGCUGCUGUCUCACCACCCAGAGCUGUAUUGGAGACGGAUCAGUUUCGUGCUGUAAUGGAUUCGAAUGCGUUCCAUUCGAUGCCAGCGCUCCAUUUCUUGAUUUUCUGUAUUGGUCGUGGGAUGGUUUUACGGCCACAUCGAUAAGUGUUUUCACGACGACGACCUAUACAACUGUAAAUCCUCCAGGGGAGACAGUCACUGUAGAUGGGCCAACUUCGACUACAAAUAUCGAUUUCUUCGUUACCAAAGUCGUCACGACCAUAGUCACUUCAACUGAUCCUGUUGUCACGAUCACGAAAUUUCCCAGUAACGUAGUUGGCCCAAGUCGGGGGGUGGGCGGCGGCCAGUGGAGUAACGGAGAAUCAGCAAUAACAGUAACUCCACAGCCCCAGCAAUUGUCAACGGCACUAGUAACGGAAAGCCUCCCUCCACCCUCGGCUUCAAAGUCGGCGUAGGAGUCGGAGUCCCCUUCGCAGUCGCCAUCCUCGCCGCCCUCCUCUUCCUCAUCUUCCGCCGCCGAAGAGAAAACACCGCCCCUCCUCUUCCAGCGAACCCCGAAACCUCAGCCAACAACUCGAAUGCUGGCGCCAUGGGCGGUCGCCCGGUUUCCCAACUCCCCCCUUACACGGCAAACAG